AUGGUUGAAAAUGCUGCGGCAGUGAAUGAGUGGACGCAACAACAGAUUGAUGAAGUGAAACCGGUACCAGAAUGCCGUGGACUCUGGUCACCUGAGGAACAUCGACUCUUUAUACACGGCAUCAAGAUGUAUCCGUCUGGACCAUGGAAAGACAUUGCAAGUUACGUAGCUACGCGCACGGCUCGUCAGACCAUGACUCACGCUCAGAAAUACCGGCAAAAGAUUGCACGACGGCUACGCAAUGUACGCAUGAGUGGCAAACAUACGCUGCCUUUCCAAAUGGUUCAAUCUUCGUGUUUUAAUGCGCUACUGAGCAAUGACGAGCAAUUUAACGAUUCGAUCCUGGCCACAUCGUUGGCCAUUGCAGCUGAACACGAGCUUGACUUGCUGGGUGAGACGGGUGAUGGUAGUGCAUCGCCUAUACAUUUGCAGAUGGGCAUGAGCCCCCAAGCCAACGUCAUCAUGGAGCCCAUGGGCAACAAUACGUAUCAAAUGCAGCUGCCGUUGGCAAUCGACUUUUCUGCCACGGAAAGUAGUCCGUAUUAUCUGGAUGGUCCGUGUUUCGAGCCCAGUGAUAUUGAGUUUGACAAAUGUAUGGACUUCUUGAUUGAAACGUUCCACCGCGAAACCUGA